GUUUAUGUUUUUAGAUUAUUUGCUGUGCAUCGCACGUUGUUUUUAUAACAUAUGUAAAAAAUUAUAAUAAACUCAUUGGAACUGAAUUAUCUAGUUAAAAUAAAAUGGCGAAUCAAGACGCUGAAGCAGUAUCAUAUGCAGACACACUCAAAGACAUAGUAAAAUUUAUGAAUCCAUUGGAGAGAGCGGAUUUGGUAUCCAUAUCGCUAACACAUGUGCUCUCUUUGAGUGGUUCAGUUGAAGGCAAAAAGGCAAUACUCCAACAUGAUGAAGUACUAGUGGCGGUGUUUAAUCUCCAUGAUCACAAAUUUAAUGAAAUAGCCAAAUAUGCUGCCUUAACUUUAAUUAACCUAACUGCCGAAGAGGAUGAUGCUAUAAAUGUUUUGGAAACCUCAAAAUCACUGAGUCCGGCUUUUCCUUUAAUAUCAAUUGCUAUUAAGCAAAUAGUGGAUGAGAAUUCGAAGUUAGCCGAUCCCUGGACAAUGGUGUUAAGUAAUUUAACACGUAGUGAAAAACUAGUUGAAGAUAUAAUUGUGGAACUGGAAAAUGAUAGCACAACUAUGCCAGCUUUACUUAAAGCUUUUACAAAAUUAGAUUAUAACAAACAAAAUAUGAAACUGCACUAUUUAGCUGCAAUCUUUUGCAAUUUGACACAAAGUGCCAGAGGUCGCGAAAUUGCUUGUGAAGCUAAAUAUGAUUUCCUCGAAAAGAUAUUACCGUUCGCCUCAUAUGAGGAUAAUAUUGUGCGCCGUGGGGGCACAAUCGGUAUUUUGAAAAAUAUUUGCUUUGAUCCCGUCUACCACAAUAUUAUUUUAAAUGAAAAGGAUGACAUAUUGCAUGCGAUAUUAUAUCCACUUUGCGGCCCCGAAGAGUUCAGCGAUGAGGAAAAUGAAAAACUACCACUGGAGCUACAAUAUUUACCUGAAACGAAAACACGCGAGGAAGAUCCUGAUUUGCGCAAAAUGCUUUUAGAGUCGCUGCUACAGCUGUGCGCAACUAAGCGUUAUCGCGAGGUUUUGCGUUCUAAAGGCGUUUACGAAAUAUUGCGUGAAUAUCACAAAUGGGAAGCGAAAUUUGGUCAAGAUAAAGAGUGCCUACUGGCAUGUGAAAACGUCGUUGAUAUUCUGAUUAAGAAAGAGGAAGAAAUCGGUUUGGAUAACUAUAGAGAGGUGGAAGUGCCUGCUGAUGUUGCGGAUAAAUUUGUAAAAGAAGAUAUGGAGUAUAUGGAAAAUAUUUUAUAAUUUAUACUAAAAUAUAGUAAAUAUAAAAUAUUAUCAAUGUACAAGUAAAGAGUUUAAAUAUUACAUAUUUUUUUGUCGAAAAUAAAUAGUAGUCAUAAGUACAUAGAAUGAGUUCUUUGUCAAUUAGUAAGCUUACCGCAGUUGUCAAAUUUACCAAUAAUAGCAAUAUUAGAAAGCAUAAUAGAAUUUGGUUAUCUUAUGUCAAAGGAGUAUUGAUUAAUUGUUAGAACUAUUGUACUUUAUUCUUAUACUACGCGUAUAAUUCACAUUCCCAACUUUUUGAUUGAUGCCACGAAGUGAAAAUUGUACGAGUACUUUUCCGUAUAGUUGUCCUUAUGUCUACUUGUCUACCCCAAGUGCAUAAACAUAUUAAACACACAAUUAGUUAGCAGAUAUUUAAUAACAAAACUCUCACCACUAAUUUGUUCCAAAUAUGCUCUAAAUCACAUUUUACAUGCCACCACAGCCUUCAGUACUGUACGUCAUUU